AUGAGCAACGGCGCGCCGAGUGCGGACGCGAAUAUUGGCGAUGGCGGGGCGAGCCGCGACGGCGGUCGCGAUCGCGCGAUGAGCCGCGUCGGGAUGAGCUGCGACGGCGCGAUGAGCGUUGGCAAGGCGAGCAAUGGCCGCACCAUGACGGGCGGCAAGAUGAGCGGUGCGGCUGCAGCGACGCUUGGUGCAGUGGGCGCGAGCAGCGAUGGCACGCUGAGCCACACGCCCCCGCUGAGCGAUGGCGCGACGAGCCUUGGCGAGGCUUGCGACGGCCGCAUCAUGACGGGCGGCAUGACGAGCGGCGCGGCUACGACGAUCAGGGCAGAGGCCAACGCGAGCGCGACUGGCACGAUCCGCGCGAUGACCGGCGCGACGACCAACGCGGCGAGGGGCAGCCUCAGCACAGCGGUCGCCGGGUGGGACCGCCGAUGCACGCUCAAUGCUAAGCAGAUCAACGGCCAGAUCUCGCAUGCCAGCGGCGCCAUUGAGCUGCUCGCGCUCUUUGCUGCCCACAGCGCGAGCUUGAACCACAUCCACGCUGCGAACCUGUGGAACAAACUGGGCAAGCAGCGCGUCGAGCGGCGGCACGAGGAGCAGCUUGAGCAGCUAGUGCACCGCACGCUCGACCUUGUUUCUUCGUGCCGAGCACGCGAGCUGGCCAACGUGUCUCACGGCGUUGCAAACGACUCGCUCGCGCGGGAUCCCUCGAUACGGAGCGAGGAAGCCCGCUCUCAGCUGCACCAGUGGCAGCUCUGGCUCUCCCUUGAGCGAGGAGCAGACGGGCAGCAGCACCUCCUCUCCGAGUCCCAACGCAAGCUCUGCUGCGACGCCAUGCAAGGCACCGAAGUUACGAUCUCGCGCUUACAGCGCUCUGUCGCGAUUGCCCUCGCCGCCGUCCAGCACGGCUUCGAGGAGGAGCAUCUCGAGCCGCGCACCGGCUACUCGCUCGACCUGGCGCUGCCCUCAUCACGCCUCGCGGUCGAGGUGGACGGCCCCUAUCACUUCCUGCUGCCCGAGGGCCUGGGCAUGCGCAGACCCAAUGGGCCAACGUUGCUCAAGCGACGCCUCCUCGCGGCGGCUGGCUGGAGGGUGAUCAGCGUUCCAUUCUACGAGUGGAACGGCUUCGCGACGGCCAAGGAGCGGCAAACCUACCUGCAGGGGGCGGUCGCCCCGCUGUUGGGCUUGUAG